AUGCCUGAGCCGGGGAAGAAGCCAGUCUCAGCCUUCAGCAAGAAGCCGCGGUCCGUGGAGGUGGCCGCCGGCGGCCCUGCCGUGUUCGAGGCCGAGACAGAGCGGGCAGGAGUGAAGGUGCGCUGGCAGCGAGGGGGCAGUGACAUCAGUGCCAGCGACAAGUUUGGGCUGGCGGCCGAGGGCACGCGGCACACGCUGACAGUGCGGGACGUGGGCCCCGCGGACCAGGGGUCUUACGCAGUCAUCGCGGGCUCCUCCAAAGUCAAAUUCGACCUCAAGGUCGUAGAAGCAGAGCCGGCAGAGCCCGUGCCAGCCCCUGCCCCUGGCCCUGCCCCUGCCGAGGCCCCCGGCGUUCCCGGAGAAGCCCCGGCCUCAGCCACUGAGGGGGAAGGAGGCUCCCCGAGUCCCGAAGGGUCAAGUUCAGCAGCCACCAAUGGGCCCGCUGCCCCUGAUGACCCCAUCGGCCUCUUUGUGACGCGGCCACAGGACGGCGAGGUGACUGUGGGUGGCAGCAUCACCUUCUCGGCCCGCGUGGCCGGGGCCAGCCUCCUGAAACCGCCCGUAGUCAAGUGGUUCAAGGGCAAGUGGGUGGACCUGAGCAGCAAGGUGGGCCAGCACCUUCAGCUGCACGACAGCUACGACCGGGCCAGCAAGGUCUACCUGUUUGAGCUGCACAUCACCGAUGCCCAGGCCACCUCCGCUGGCGGCUACCGCUGUGAGGUGUCCACCAAGGACAAGUUUGACAGCUGCAACUUCAACCUCACUGUCCAUGAGGCCAUCGGCCCCGGAGACCUGGACCUCCGGUCAGCUUUCCGCCGCACGAGCCUGUCUGGAGGCGGCCGUCGGACCAGUGACAGCAGCGAGGACGCCGGGGUCCUGGACUUCAGCUCGCUGCUGAAGAAGAGCAGCAGCUUCCGGACCCCACGGGACUCGAAGCUGGAGGCCCCCGCCGAGGAGGACGUGUGGGAGAUCCUGCGGCAGGCGCCCCCGUCCGAGUACGAGCGCAUCGCCUUCCAGCACGGAGUCACCGACCUGCGGGGCAUGCUCAAGAGGCUCAAGGGCAUGAAGCGUGACGAGAAGAAGAGCACAGCCUUCCAGAAGAAGCUGCAGCCGGCCUACCAGGUGAACAAGGGCCACAAGAUCCGGCUGACCGUGGAGCUGGCCGACCCCGACGCCGAGGUCAAGUGGCUGAAGAAUGGACAGGAGAUCCAGAUGAGCGGCAGCAAGUACAUCUUCGAGUCCAAUGGCGCCAAGCGCACACUGACCAUCAGCCAGUGCUCGCUGGCAGACGACGCGGCCUACCAGUGCGUGGUGGGCGGGGAGAAGUGCAGCACCGAGCUCUUUGUCAAAGGUGGGCCCUGGGUGUCCGAGGAGGGGGCCCAGGUGAAGUGGCUGAAGGACGGGGUGGAGCUGACUCGGGAAGAGACCUUCAAGUACCGGUUCAAGAAGGACGGCCGCAAACACCACCUGAUCAUCAACGAGGCGACCCUGGAGGACGCCGGGCACUACGCGCUGCGCACCAGCGGGGGCCAGGCGCUGGCUGAGCUCAUCGUGCAGGAGAAGAAGCUGGAGGUGUAUCAGAGCAUCGCCGACCUGACUGUGGGCGCCAAGGACCAGGCCGUGUUCAAGUGCGAGGUGUCGGACGAGAACGUGCGGGGCGUGUGGCUGAAGAACGGGAAGGAGCUGGUGCCCGACAGCCGGAUAAAGGUGUCCCACAUCGGGCGGGUCCACAAACUGACCAUCGAUGACGUCACGCCUGCGGACGAGGCUGACUACAGCUUCGUGCCUGAGGGCUUCGCCUGCAAUCUGUCCGCCAAGCUCCACUUCAUGGAGGUCAAGAUUGACUUCGUGCCCAGGCAGGAGCCUCCCAAGAUCCACCUGGACUGCCCUGGCCGCAAGCCGGACACCAUCGUGGUUGUGGCCGGGAACAAGUUGCGCCUGGACGUCCCUAUCUCCGGGGACCCUGCUCCCACUGUGAUCUGGCAGAAGACCAUGACACAGGGGAAAAAGGUCCCAGCUGGGCCAGCCCCUGAUGCCCCAGGGGAUGCAGGUGCCAGUGACGAGUGGGUGUUUGAAAAGAAGCUGCUGUGUGAGACCGAGGGCCGGGUCCGAGUGGAGACCACCAAGGACCGCAGCAUCUUCACCGUCGAGGGGGCAGAGAAGGAAGACGAGGGUGUCUACACAGUCACUGUGAAGAACCCUGUGGGCGAGGACCAGGUCAACCUGACAGUCAAGGUCAUCGAUGUGCCGGAUCCCCCUGCGGCCCCCAAGAUCAGCAACGUGGGCGAGGACUCCUGCACGGUGCAGUGGGAGCCGCCCGCCUACGACGGCGGGCAGCCGAUCCUGGGCUACAUCCUGGAGCGCAAGAAGAAGAAGAGCUACCGGUGGAUGCGGCUGAACUUCGACCUGCUGCGGGACCUGCAGCACGAGGCGCGGCGCAUGAUCGAGGGCGUGGUGUACGAGAUGCGCGUCUACGCGGUCAACGCCAUCGGCAUGUCCAGGCCCAGCCCUGCCUCCCAACCCUUCAUGCCCGUUGGCCCCCCCAGCGAGCCCACCCACCUGGCGGUGGAGGACAUCUCCGACACCACAGUGUCCCUCAAGUGGAGGCCCCCGGAGCGCGAGGGAGCCGGAGGCCUGGAUGGCUACAGUGUGGAGUACUGCCAGGAGGGUGGUGAGUGCUCCGAGUGGGUGGCUGCCCUGCAGGGGCUGACGGAGCGCACCUCGAUGCUGGUGAAGGACCUGCCCACGGGGGCCCGGCUGCUCUUCCGGGUGCGGGCACACAAUGUGGCCGGGCCUGGAGCCCCCGCCACCACCAAGGAGCCCGUGACGGUGCAGGAGAUCCUGCAGCGGCCACGGCUCCAGCUGCCUAGGCACCUACGCCAGACCAUCCAGAGGAGGGUCGGGGAGCCCGUGAACCUCCUCAUUCCUUUCCAGGGCAAGCCCCGGCCUCAGGUGACCUGGACCAAAGAGGGGCAGCCAUUGGCGGGCGAGGAGGUGAGCAUCCGCAACAGCCCCACGGACACCAUCCUCUUCAUCCGGGCCGCUCGCCGCGCCCACUCUGGCACCUACCAGGUGACGCUGCGCAUCGAGAACAUGGAGGACAAGGCGACGCUGGUCCUGCAGAUCGUUGACAAGCCAAGUCCUCCCCAGGACAUUCGGGUCACAGAGGCGUGGGGCUUCAAUGUGGCUCUGGAGUGGAAGCCACCCCAAGACGAUGGCAACACCGAGAUCUCGGGGUACACGGUACAGAAAGCAGACAAGAAGACCAUGGAGUGGUUCACGGUCCUGGAGCAUUACCGCCGCACCCACUGUGUGGUGUCCGAGCUCAUCAUCGGCAACGGCUACUACUUCCGGGUCUUCAGCCACAACAUGGUGGGGCCCAGUGACAAAGCCGCCACCACCAAGGAGCCCGUCUUCAUCCCCAGACCAGGCAUCACAUAUGAGCCGCCCGACUACAAGGCCAUGGACUUCUCCGAGGCCCCAAGCUUCACCCACCCCCUGGUGAACCGCUCGGUCAUCGCCGGCUACAAUGCUACUCUCUGCUGUGCUGUCCGAGGCAGCCCCAAGCCCAAGAUCUCCUGGCUCAAGAACGGCCUGGACCUGGGAGGAGACGCCCGCUUCCGCAUGUUCAGCAAGCAGGGCGUGCUGACCCUGGAGAUCAGAAAGCCCUGCCCCUACGACGGGGGUGUCUAUGUCUGCAGGGCCACCAACCUGCAGGGUGAGGCACAGUGUGAGUGCCGCCUGGAGGUGCGAGUGCCUCAGUGACCAGGCUGCCUCCUCGGGGACGGCCAGAGGUGUCACCGGAUGCCAGCCGUGUGCCAGGAGCCUGAGGGGAGCUGGACAAGCCUCCUCCUGCUGCUGGACACGUGUGCGCGGUGUGACCGGGCCGGCUGGAGCAUCACAGGCUGCAGAGUGGUGAUGAGCAGGCGUGGGGACUGUGCAGACUGACCCUUCGGAGCUCCCGCUGAAACUCUCAGAUCAUGGGGGCGAAGAGCGAGUGAGCUCGGGAAAUGAUGGCUGCGGACGUCUUUCUGGCCUGCCACGCUCUCCCGGGGGGUACAGGCAAUAAAGAUCAGUGCAGCACAGAGACCUGGCUCUUCCUGUCCCACGGGUUUCACACAGGC